AUGGAAAAACACACAUCAAUUGACGAUGGGAAAGACAUGGCACCAACUAAGGAGUCACACACGGAGCACACCAUUUUUGAGGAUAAUAGACAAAGUUGUGAUACCAACUUGGACAACAUUCCAAAGAUGGACUGGUCAGACAUGGAAAACCUAGGACAGAUUUUUGAGCAAUGGAUCAAGCAGGUGUCUCAUUUGGAAAUGCGGAGGGAUGAGUUGAUAAAAGAGCUCCUGUUUCUGCAAGAACCCAUGAUGAGUGUUGUGGAGCACCUGAGAGGAGCGCUGGUAGAUAAGCGCAGGCUGGUCACACUGGCUGAGAUGGACUACAUGUUUGUGUUGGAAGAAGUGCAGCAGGUAAAAAGGAAACUAUUUGUCACUACCAGAGACUGCAUUGGCAGCCAUGUAACACUGGCUCAACAAGAGUACCAGGUGGCUCAGUCAGCACUUACUAAGGAGGAGCUCAACGCUCAUGUCCAAAGCUUGAAGGAAGAGUUGUCUCAGCUCCAGGAGGCCCACCAGAACCAGCUCACCACUUUGAGGGAUCAGGCCAAAAAGCCCUACAGAUCGAGAGCCAUGAGCGAUGUCAGCCAGUGCCGCCAAGCUUCUGUACGCCUGCAGCGACGGCUCAGCGUCAGCAUGAAGGAGCUGGAGGGCUGGUACGAGCCUCGACUUAUAGCACUGCUGAAGAGGAGGCAGUUUGGAGAGAAGGCCUUAAGAAUGAGUAAGGGACAGGCAGUGGGCUUAAGAACUCAACUGGGGACCCUUAAAGAAGAGGUACAAAGAUUGGAGGAGAAGAGAUCUUCAAUGGAACAAAGAAUUAACCUGAUGGAGCAAGAGAGGGAGGAGUUGACCACACAACACAAGGAGGUCGAGGAGGAGUUAAAGGAGACUUUGAGGAAAUUGGUCCUGGAGUUUGAGAUUAAAAAAAGACAUUCAAGUGAUUUGCAGACUCUCACAAAUGAUAUCUUAAAAGAACUAUCACAACUCAGAGUCCGUGAUGAACCAAGUGAAGCUCCUGCAAAGGAACAUGCCCAGGAUUCUACUUGUAGUCAAACCACUUGA